GUUUGUUGUCAUAGUAACGAAUUUUGAAGAAAUGCAAAACAAAACAAAAUAAAUAAGAUUAUGAAAUUACAUUUUAAUUUUCAUCCUUUUUCUUAUUUGACGGAUAAAUAUCCUAAGAUCGUUAAAUUCACCACACUGAAAAGUUGAAAAAUGCAUAGUUUAAGUGAAGAUUGAUAUUCUUUUCUUAGUAAUAAGGAGUAAAGUAGCUGCCGCUGCCGGGUUCAUUCAUUUAUGUGAAUAUUACUAUAGUGGUGCCUUCAACAUGUUUAUUUAUAUGAGUAAAAAGAUAGCUAUACCUAAGCAGUCAAAUGUGUCAUGCCUAGCAUGGAACCAUUCUUCUGGAUACAUAGCAGUGGGUGGUGAAGAUGGGAUGCUAAAAGUUUUAAAGUUAGAAUCUGGUGGCGGUGGAAAUUUGUCAAUGAAUCUUAGUCUGGAAGGUCACACUGGGCAGCUCUGUGUAGCCAUUUGGAAUGAAGUUUUUCAGAAAUUGACCACAAGUGAUGAACAUGGUGUUAUAAUUGUAUGGAUGCUGUACAAGGGAUCUUGGUAUGAAGAGAUGAUAAAUAACAGAAACAAAUCAACUGUAACAAGCAUGGCAUGGGGUUCUGAUGGACAAAAAAUAUGUAUUGCAUAUGAAGAUGGUGCUGUCAUUGUCGGCUCUGUGGAUGGGUCUCGUGUUUGGGGCAAGGAUAUCAAAGGGCCUGGCUUAGCAGCAGUCCAGUGGUCACCAGAUAAUUCAUUACUACUGUUUGCUCUCACUAAUGGAGAACUUCAUUUGUAUGAUGAUCAAGGAAAUUUUACUAUGCCUGUUGUUGUCAAUGGUGUAACAGGAUCUAUGGAAAUUAUAUCAAUGGACUGGUAUGCCGGCACUGCUCCACCCAACAGGCCUGUAUUAGCAAUAUGCUGUAAAAAUGGGUCUAUAAUUUUGAUGAAAAACUGUAUAGAGGAAGAUAGUGUGGUGGUUGAGACCAACAUUGUGGCUGUCGACUGUCGUUGGAACCAUAAUGGUACAAUUCUGGCUGCGGCCGGUUGCACUGCAGAUCAAACCAAUGUUGUGCAAUUUGUCAAUGCGUAUGGAGAGCAUGUACGUACUUUACGAGUACCUGGAGGCUCUCUGCGAGCCUUGUCUUGGGAGAAGAGAUCACUACGUUUAGCUAUCGCCAUAGAUUCCUUCAUAUAUUUUGCAAACGUUAAACCCGACCACAGAUAUGCCUUUUAUGGAAACACCCUUGCUUUUGUAUCUGGCACUGAAACUGUGACCUUCUGGGACACUGUUACCCACCAGUUCUGGGUCAACCACAUACCUAAUGUUGUGGAUAUGUGCGGUGUAGGCGAAUACUGCGUUAUAGCAACAUUAAAUACACUUAUUAUAUCAAAUGAGCAAGGAAUCCAAUGCGAUGCUAAAGCAGUGUCCAUACCCGUGAUGUACGUAGGAAUCAACCGCAAAGCUAUUGUGGUCGCUGCUUCUAAAGAAUCUUUUCUCAUUUGGAAGUUUUCCACACCUUCACGACCAAAGAGUACAGAGCAGCUAUACCACGCUGAUGGCUCGCUGAUAUCGUCGGAUAUAGGAUAUCAAGAAGACACAAUUUGCUGUAUUACGUGCUCGGACACGCAUUUAGUAUUGGGGCGCGAAUCUGGACUUAUUUUGCUGUUUUCCUUGGUCAAUUUCAAAAAGGUCACUUCUAUCAAUAUGAAUUCUAAGCCGUAUAAGAUGGGGCUGAAUUCAAAUUCUAACAAAUUCUACGUUAUCGACCAGUCCGGGUCACUGUACUUGUUAGACACAGACAUGGCCAACAACGUGAGCAUAGGUCAAGCGGUCCGCAAGGACGUGUGGAGCGCUUUGUGGGCGGCCGACAAUCCGCAGCUGCUGUGUGUCGCGGAGAAAGCGCGCCUCUAUGUGCUGCGAGACUCGGAGCCCGAGGAGCCGCUCACUAUGCAGGGAUACAUGUGUAGAUUCAAGGAGUUGGAGAUUACCACUGCUUUAUUAGACAAUAUUACGGAUAAAUGUACGCCGCAACAUAUUGCGCGUGUCGAGGUGAAAUCCUUAAGGGAUACGCGUCAACUCAUCGAAAAGGUUGGCUUGAAGGAGGCUGAAAACUUCAUAAAGGAUAACCCGCAUCCACAGUUAUGGUUAUUACUAGCGGAAGCGGCGCUUAAGAAAUUUGAGACGGAAUCCGCAUUGGAGACAGCCGAGGCCGCGUUCGUGCGUCGCAACGAUUACGCCGGCAUCAGAUUUGUGGCGAGGCUGAACGCGUUGCACUCAAACGCACUGAAAAAAGCGGAAAUCUUAGCUUAUUUCAAAGAUUUCGACGGCGCUGAAAAGAUAUAUCACAAUGAAGAUAGACGGGAUUUAGCAAUAGCACUGCGCAAGCGCCUGGGUCACUGGUUCCGAGUAGUGGAGCUGCUGAAGAUGUCGGCCAGCACCACGGACGCGCAGGUCAAGCAAAUAUACAGCAACAUCGGGGACUACUACAUCGACAGACAGAACUGGUCAGGAGCUGUGGAAUAUUAUUCAUUGUCAAAUAACAUCGAGGGGCUGAAAAAGUGUUAUAUGGCGCUUGAAGACAACGAAUCGUUGUCAAAACUGUAUACAGGAUCAUCCAAACCGACUAAGGAUGGAGUAAAACACAAUUUAGGAGAUGUUAGUGACAACAUUACUGAAACGCCAUCAAUUCCAGGAAUUAUACAGCUAAAAGAGUCUGGCAGGAUGUUGCAGGCCGCGGCGAUGACGCUUCAGUUAGCGAACUCCGAAGCAGCUUCUAAAGCAUCUCCAGUUCGAAUAAAGAAAUUGUAUAUUCUGGCGGGCCAUUUGUACAGCCAGAAUUCAGUUGAUGGAGCGAAAAGCCGCGAAGCAGUCCGCAGCUACCGGCUGGCGGGCGCGCAGCACUGGCUGGCGGCGGCCGCGCGCCGCGCCGCGUCGCCCGCGCGCUCCGACGUCGCGCUGCGUUUCGCCGCGCGCCUCACUCACUGCGCCGCUGAACUCCAUCCCGCACAACAUAUACAGGUGUGGUGCACAGUUGCAGCAAUAGCUAUUCAAGCAAGAGCAUUCGAAUUAUGUUCAAAAGCAUUUAUUAAACUGGAAGCCCUAGAUCCAAAUACUUUUGAAAACUUGGCGAUUGAAGUAUUCACGAGAUGCAGACCGAAAGAUGCUAAGGGAAAUAAAAUAGACUGUCCAGAUUGUCAAAUUAAUAUGCCCGAAUGGAGUACAAUGUGUGCGGGAUGCGGGCGCGUUUUCCCGGGGUGCGCAGUUUCUGGGCGGGCUCUGUCCGCGCCGCACGCGGCGUGGACGUGCGGCGUGUGCAGCGCCAGCGCGCAGCACCACGACCUCGUGCUGCGGCACACCUGUCCCAUGUGCCGCGCGCCGCUCGACUGAGAUCUGCUCUUAUUGCGGUUACGUCUUGCCGCCAUUGUGAUCUCUGUAGCGCAAGACAUCCGAGCCGUGCGAUGUAGUAUAGUAACUUCAACCGGCACCGCCUUCUGCGAUUGAAUAGUCUGAUUCACUAUUCUGGGUAAUGUCAAAAACGAGGAUUGGUUCCAAUUGGAGUUUUCACAAGGUACAAAAAGAGACAAAAUUCGCGACAUCACUUCUGAAAUUUUUCGCAAAUUUUGGAUCAUUCAGGAUUUGUUAAAAAGCAGUUUCUAUUCAGAAUUCAGCAACCCAUUCCGUCCAAAUAAGAUAAGUAAUGAUAAAAUGUUUGUUGCAAUAUUAUAAUAUUAAUAAAAG